AAAAUGAAAUAUCACUAAUUCAAUGGAAAAUUUAUAAGGCCCAACUAUCCUCCUUCUUCUUUCCUUCUUUUCUUAUUAAUUAUCAUCUCCAUACCUUCUUUCUUCUGAUUCGAUUCUCGUAAACGAAAACCUUUCUGAAGAAGUAGCACUGCGUUUUUUUCUUUAAAAAAAGGACUAAAAGAAAAAAUGGCUCACUCACUAAUAAGAAAUUCAAUUAAAUCUUUAAACCCUAAAUUACUAUCCACGCUAUCAGCUCACCGGAUCGCCCGCCAUUUUGGCUCCGUGGCCGCCGCCGACGAGGAGCAAUCGUCCUCCUUCACGUUCUCAUCGGAGGGAGACAGCGUUCAUUUGAGAGCACCGGCGGCGAGGAGGAAACAGUCUUCGUCGGUAACGAUGCCGAUGUCGUUCAUGACGGGAUCUAUAGUCGGGAAACGAUUCUACAAAGAAGUGAAAACGAGAGAAGCGGAUGAUGGUAAUGGUUGGACAGUGAUGCUUGAUUAUAGAACACUCAAGACACCUGCUAAGAGGCCUCUUAAGCUUCCUACUCUUGCUCUUGCUAAGGCCAUUGCUGCUGAAUGGGAAUAUCAACAAAUAGAUGGCAUAAGACCCUUCACAAUGCCUCUUAUGAGACUUGCUUGCACUGCUUUGGAAAGAGUUCCUGUGACAAGGCCAAAAAUUCUUGAGCAAUUGAUGAAGAAAUUUAAUCAAGAUUUAGUAUUUUGCCGUGCUCCUGAUGACAAUGAUUUGACAAGCGGAGUCCAUGAUCGCCAAGUUGAGAAAAUAGAUCCUCUGCUAGGCUGGUUGGAGUCAGAAUUUGGUGUUAAGCCUGUUGUAUACUCCAGCUUUUAUGGUGGAAAACAGGAUGAUGGUCUUGUGAUUGCUGUAGAGAACCUACUAAAGAAAACAGAUGAUUGUGAAUUGGCUGCAAUUGAUGCUAUUGCAGCAUCAGCACACUCAUUAACUAUUGCCAUUGCAGUUGUUCAAGGGAAAUUGCAAAUUGAGGAAGCAAUUGAACUCAUUAGACUUGAAGAAGAUUUACAGGUGGACAAGUGGGGCCUGGUUGAAGGUGGUCAUGAUAUCGACGUAGCUGAUCUUAGAGUACAGAUUUCAUCGCCGGUUGUAUUUCUUGGUUUGUCAAGAAAUUUAUAGUUUUAACCUUUGGUUUUGUUGUUAGUCAUCCCAAGUUAUCUCUAUCAGGAUGAGAUGGUCCAUGUCCUAUCCAUAACUUUCUUGUUUUGUAGGUUUUGUUAUUGUUAUUGGUUUUUAUGGAUGAGUUCUAAGUUAUAACGAAAUAUAUAAACAAGGCUUUAUUGUAGCCUAAUUUGAGGUUUU